AUGCUUAAAGUUCAUGAAUUCUUUUCUGUUGCCAUUUAAUUAGCCUAUAAUUCUGCUAAAAUUAUCAAUUCAGUCAGAUUAUCAUCAGAUAUUGGUUAAAAAUGGAAAGGUGUUGAUGAUCCUGUCACUAUUGCUGAUAUUUAAGCAUAAUCAUACAUUAUUUAAUAAUUACAUAGACAUUGGUAUUAUUGUUAAAUUAAUCAAGGCCAAAGUUAACAAUUAUUGGAGAAGAAUCCAUUUCAUAUUCUUAACCUAUUAAUUUACCAGAUACUAAUCUCUAAUUAUAUGAUGAGAAUAUUUUUAAUAGAACACAUUUAAAUCAUAUUAUUAGAACUUAAUAUGAAAUUGAUGAUUUAUGUGUUUGGGUUGAUCCUUUAGAUGGCACACUAGAUUUUGUUAAAGGAGAUUAUGAAAAUGUUACUACUUUAAUUGGAGUUUCCUAUAAAAAAUAAGCAUUAAUGGGAAUUAUCUCAUAACCUUUUAUUAAAUUACAAGAACCUUAAAAUACAUAUGAAUUUAAACCAAAAAUAUAUUUUGGUCAUUAACCAUAAUAAAAAGUCUUUUAUACAUAUGAUUCUAUAUCAAAUAUUCCAUCAGAAUUAAAGAAACCUUAAUUUGAUCCAUUGAAUGUUAGAUUAUGUACUUAAAGAAAUAGAUUAACUAAUAAAGAAUUAUAGAAAAUUAAAUCUUUAGGUUGUUAAUUAUAUUAGGUUGGUGGUUCAGGAAAAAAGAGUCUAACAGUUCUUGAGGGUUAAACUGACAUGUUUAUUUGUUUGGGUGUAGGAAUGAGUAAAUGGGAUAUUUGUGCACCUGAAGCAUUAUUUAAGACAUUUGGUGUAAGAGCAUAAAUUCUAUGAUAAGGGAGAUUUCCUUGGAUUAGCUGGUUAACAUUAUGAAUACAAUCCCAAUGAUAAAUCAUUUGACAAUCCUUAUGGAAAUUUAUCAAGCAUCCAUUCAGAAUUAUUAGAAAAAUACUUACCCAAAACUUAUGGCAUGUUAUGAU